GGAACCGGUUAGUUGUUGUUCCUCUCUGCAGAGAGACACAGACGGACUGAAAGACAGACGAUCAGAUUCACCUUCAGACCAAACUAACACCUUUCCCUGAGUUCAGCUACAGGAGAGAAAAGAGGGAGCUACAACACUGCUGCUUCAAAUGCUGACCCCCCCACCCUGAAGCUCCACUCAGAGACAACAUGGCUUCCAGGUUACAGGAAGACCUCUGCUGUCCGGUCUGUCAGGGAGUCUUUAGAGAUCCUGUCCUCCUGUCCUGCUGCCACAGCUUCUGUAGAGCCUGUCUGCAGAACUGGUGGGAUGGGAAAGAAGUAAAGGAGUGUCCAGUUUGUAGGAGAAGAUCUUCAAAGGAAUUCUUCCCUAACUUUGCUUUAAAGAACCUGUGUGAGGCUUUCUUACAGGAGAGAGGUCAGAGGUCUUCAGAGGCUCUCUGCAGUCUGCACUCUGAGAGACUCAGACUCUUCUGUCUGGACCAUCAGCAGCCAGUGUGUCUCUUCUGCAGAGAUUCAAGAACACACACCAACCACAGAUUCAGACCCGUGGAUGAAGCUGCUCAGGAUCUCAAAGAGGAGCUCCAGAAGUCUCUGCAGCCCUUACAGGAGAAACUGAAGCUCUUUGAAGAAGUUAAAGUGAAGUUUGAUCAGACAGCAGGACACAUGGAGGCCCAGGCCAGACGCACAGAGCUGCAGAUUAAGGAGCAGUUUAAGAAGCUUCACCAGUUUCUGGAAGAGGAAGAGGAGGCCAGGAUGACUGCACUGAGGGAGGAAGAGGAGCAGAAGAGGAAGAUGAUGGAGGAGAAGAUAGAGGCUGUGAGCAGAGAGAUAGCAGCUCUUUCACACACAGUCAGAGCCACAGAGGAGGAGCUGAGAGCUGAAGACGUCUCCUUCCUGCACAACUACAAGGCUGCAGUGGAGAGGCUGCAGCGCCCCCUGCUGGAGGAUCCACAGCUGCCCUCAGGGGCUCUGAUAGACCAGGCCAAACACCUGGGCAACCUCAGCUUCAACAUCUGGAGCAAGAUGAAGGACAUGGUGUCCUACUCUCCUCUCAUCCUGGACCCAAACACUGCUGCUCUAGACUUCAUCCUGUCUGAAGAUCUGACCAGAGUGAGACGAGGAGGAGAGAGACAGGAACUUCCUGAUAAUCCAGAGAGGUUUGAUCAUUACCGCUCUGUCCUGGGCUCUGAGGGCUUUACCUCAGGGACUCACAGCUGGGAUGUCCAGGUUACAGACAGUACAGGCUGGUCACUGGGUGUGUUAGCAGAGGCUGUCCAGAGGAAGGGAGACAUAUGGUCUGGAUUAUGGGGAAUAGGUUUCUAUAAAGGUAAAUAUUAUGCAUGUUCUCCAUCAGGUCCACUCACUCCUCUCCGCCUGCAGAAGAAGCUCCAGAGGGUCAGAGUGAAUCUGGACUGGAACAGAGGAAAGCUGUCGUUCUCUGAUCCUGACACUAACACACACAUACACACCUUCACACACACUUUCACUGAGAGGAUGUUUCCAUACAUUAACACUGCGGGUGAAGUGAAGGUAUCACCAGUGGAGGUGUGUGUGACAGUGGGUCAGAGCAGCUAGAGAUGAACAGGAUCAUUAUAUCUAUGAGCUUUAUCUCUCAGAGGGCAUCACUCUGACCUCUGAAUCUGCUCCUGACCUCCUGCCGUCUCUUUAUUCUAAAUAUAUUUUUUGUUCUUAUUCUUGUUUUUAUUUGGUUUGACAAUCUGCUAAAGGUUUCGGAUGUCAACCUUUAUUACAUGUGGACACAACCAAAACAAUUCCAAGAAUCUUAUUUUAAUUAUCUCGUCAACAUGCUGAACUGCUUCCUUUGGAGGCAAUAACAUGCGUGUGUUUUUGUAUUAUGAAAUUAUUUCCCUCAUUUUCUGUUUGUUGACAGUGUGUCAUAAUGCAUAGUGUUUGGCCUUGUGUGAUGGGAUCCUUAAUAAAUAAUACAUUCAUCCAAG